CGCUGUGUGUGUGUGUGAGUGAGUGAGUGAGAGUCAGUCGGUGACCGGGAAGCGGCGGUUUCGCUGCUGCCGAGGCCUCGGGUACUGCAGUCGGUGCCGCUCACACGGAGCCGCGGCCUCAAAAGAUGUUCCGAAAGUCGCGGAGGAACUUCAGGCGGAGGAACGACUCGGAGGAGGAGGAGCGAGAGGACGGAGGAGGCGGCGGCGGCGCGGAGGCCCAGGCUCAGGCCUCGGGCCCGGGAGAGGCCGCCGCCGAGGCCUCGGUCACCAACAACAGCCACGAGCGGGGAGGCGAGGCCGCCGCCGCCGCCGCCGCCAGGGACCGGCGGAGGAACCGCGACAGGGAGGCGCCCAAAGCCGUACUGCUCAGCUUUAAGGACGAGGAGGAAGAAGAGGAAGAGGUUUUCAAGGUGAAGAAAUCGAAUUACAGUAAAAAGAUAGUAAAUAAACUCAAGAAAGAAUACAAGGAGGACCUUGAAAAAUCUUUAAUAAAGUGUGAGCUGAACUCUCAGAUAACAAGCGGAACAGCAGACAAGCCUGCCUUAGUGAAGGAACAUGCUCAUGCCCACGAUGAUGGCCAAAGCGAGAAGGGAGAGGAGGAGAUGGAGGUGGACAGUGAUGAGGAGCACAACGAAGAGGGCAAAAGCAAACCUGCGGGAGCCUUUGGCAAUACGCUGUCUACACUCAAUGCACUUCGACCAGGAGAAAUCCCAGAUGCUGCUUUCAUCCACGCAGCUCGCAAGCGAAGGCAGAUGGCCCGGGAGCUUGGGGACUGCCCCCCAGUGGAGACGGAGACGAGUUCGAACCGCCUGAUGCGUGAAGACGAGAACGACGCGAGCGACGACGACGAUGAGAAACACAGGAUCGUGUUUUCGGUGAAGGAAAAAACGCAAAGACAAAAGAUCGCGGAAGAAAUAGGGAUUGAAGGAAGUGAUGAUGAAGCACUGGAUACAACGGAUCAGGAUGAGGAACUGAAGAUAUGGGAACAGGAGCAGAUCAGGAAAGGAAUUAGUGUCCCUCAGGUGCAAACCAGCCAGCCUACGGACUCCGCUAGCAUGUACUACCAGAAUAAUUAUCAGGCUGUACCAUAUGGUUCCUCCUACAGCCUGCCGUAUACCUACGCCACCUACGGAACAGUCGAGCCCAAAUCUAUCAAGACAGAUAAUGCUAUUCCUUUCAAACCUCCCAUUAAUGAGAUGCCUCCUGUUACUAUUGAUUUGGUAAAGAAACGCCUUAAAGACAGGUUGGAUGCAAUGAAAGACCUGCACAGAACAAACCAGCAGAGGCUUGAAAAGCUUCACGACGAUUUGGAGAAUUCCUCCAAAGCAAUAGAGCGACUUGAAGGCAUCACAGAUGACAAUGGACGGUACAGGUUCUUUCAAGAAAUGCGAGGGUAUGUCCGAGACUUGCUUGAGUGUUUCAACGAAAAGGUGCCCCUGGUUAACGACCUUGAAUCCGCCAUGCACCAGCUGCUGAAACAGCGGGCUACCCGGUUUGUCCAGAGACGGCAAGAUGAUAUUAAAGAUGAAUCGUCGGAAUAUUCAAGCCAUUCAAGCAAACAAGUUAUGGCAACGGGCCAGGAUGCAUUCGGUCGUGACCGAGCUUUAUUUCAAGAGAAUGCAAAACAGAGGCGGAUAGCAGAGAGGGAGGCCCGCAGAGCACGUCGGAGAUUGGCCAGAGAGCAAGCAGGAAAGAUGUCUGAACAUCACGAAGGACUGUCAAGUGAUGAUGAAGAAACGUCCACCGACAUCACCAGCUUUAAUAUGGAAAGAGAUCGAAUUGUAAAUGAAUCCAGGAAAGUGUUUGAAGAUGUCUUAGAAGAUUUCUGCACACUUGACUGCAUCAAAUCCCGCUUUGAAUGCUGGCGGGAAUUGUAUUACACUCAUUAUAAGGAUGCCUACAUCGGUCUGUGCCUCCCCAAACUGCUUAAUCCUCUGAUUCGAUUACAACUCAUUAUAUGGAAUCCUUUUGAGGCAAAUUGUCGUGACUUUGAAAGUAUGCUUUGGUUUGAGUCUUUACUCUUUUAUGGAUGUGAAGAGGGGAAAGAUCCACAACAGGAUGAUGUUGACACUUACCUGUUACCCGCAAUUGUCGAAAAGGUGGUAUUACCAAAGUUGACAGUUCUUGCAGAAAAUGUUUGGGAUCCCUUGUCAUCCUCUCAGACGUCGCGAUUAGUUGUAUUAAUGCAGAAGCUAAUUGAAGGAUAUCCUUCGGUUGUAAAUGGAGAAAAUAAAUACACACAGUCUUUGCUGAAGGCCAUCGUCUUAAAAAUAAGGAGAGUGCUGGACGAAGAUAUGUUCAUACCACUUUACCCAAAAAAUUUGCUAGAAAACAAGAACUCUGCUCCUUACCUGUUCUUUCAGCGGCAGUUUUGGUCUGCACUUAAGUUAUUGGAUAACCUCCUGCAGUGGACUGGCAUCAUUUCAAAUCGAUCGCUGCAGGAUUUAGCUGUGGACGGUCUGUUAAAUCGCUACAUCCUCCUGGCCGUGCAGAACUCUGACCCUGGUGAUGACAGUCUUAAGAAAUGUCAGAGUGUUAUAACCUGUUUGCCAAAGCAGUGGUUUGUGAACCUAAAAGGAGAGAAGAGCAUCCCACAGAUGGAAAACUUCUGUCGAUAUCUUAUACAUUUGGCCAAUACCAUCUACAGGCUAAGCCUCGGCUGCUCGGAUGUAGAGAAACGUGCUGCAAGGAAUAAUAUCAAACAAGUGAUCAAAUUUCUGGCUGUCAUCCAUGCUUUGGACCACGCUACAGCCAUGGCUAACGAAUAUGGGGUGAAGGAUAUCAAAGCGCUAAUUGAUGGGAAGUGACGUCUCGAGCCAGAAGAGUUGAACAUUCCUGCCGUUUGUAUGAUUUUGUACAUAUGUACAGAUGUUUCGUAAAAGAAAAAAAAUUGAGGGAUGGUGUUGUCAAAUAACACUCUUGUUUGCUAUUUAAUAAUCACCAUCUCUUGUGCUUGGAGAUACAGCUGAACUCCUGGAAUGGACUUUGAACUCUGACGUCUUUCUACCAGCAUCUUGUACAUGGCAAACUCACACAAGAACGUAUUAUUUUUUAAGCCCUCCAUGCCAUAUUUCUACCUUUUAUUGAAGAUUCCUGCCAGUUUCUUCUCUUCACAUCUGUAAGCGGGUUCUCCUUGGAGCUGAACUGCCUCCAAGGUGACGUGCCUGCCAACGUAAUGUCAGAACCGAGCCAGCCCUGCACGCUUUUAGCUGGUUAGACUCCAGCAGUUACCCCAACACACACACUCUGGGCUCCCCCCAAGCCUCGGCUCUUACCAACCUGCGCCUAAUACUUUCCUGAAUUAGGUGAGCAGGAUGCGUCCCUCCGGGGAGAGAGUGCGCAUUCCAUUCCAACAAUCUAUCUCUGGGAUUUCCAUGUGUAGGUGGGAUGCAUGGAAUUCUCAGCUUGGUUUGGAGACUCUUAAGCAGGUUGAUAGGUUUCCACAUGUGUCAGACACCCGGCUGACCAAAAAAUAAAACAAAGUGUCCCUUCACGCCGGAAAUGAGGAGGAUUGCACAUCAUUCUGGUUGUUGCUGCCCCAAGCAUUUAGUUGCAAGCUCAGAUUGGAGAGGAUUCAGACAAAAAGAGUCCUGGGAAGAAACUGAAAACUCAAGUGUAACCCGGCGACAAUAUUUUAAGUUAACUGGGUUGUAUUUGUUUAAUUUGGUAGAUGAAUGAAGUUUGUUUUAUGGUUUUACGAACAUAAUAAAAUAAACUGGUUAUUCAAUAUGUUUGAGGCUUUACCCGCAAGUACUGUGAUUGUUUCGCUACGUUUUAGUGUGGGAGGGUGGACUGCAAAUUCUUUCGGAGACUAAAUAAUAUUCAGGACAGGAUGGAUCUUUUUAGAC